AAAGGAUCAACUUCAUUCACAGUAAUAACAAAGUCUAAACACUCCACAUACUGAAAAAAACAUAAUUAAUCCCAGCACCACUCCAUUUGGAUUCAACCAAAGCUACGGCAGUCGAGUAGCGGACGAACUGCGCAUAAGUUUACCGGAGACCACGAACCCUAGCCUCACAAUCAAGAGGCGAGCACAAAGAAAUCAAAUUGGUUCAUACCAGCUCGUAAAAACGAUAUUGGAUAUUGAAAUGUAUGACGACCUUUCAAAGUAUUCGUUACAACCUGCCGAAAUUUCGGCAUACCUUAAGUUAUGGCACUGCAAAUUCCGCAGUUUUGUCCACGCUUUUGUGUACUUGGAAUACUCAAUUUCGGAGAUGCUUGAGAAUUUGCCUUGUAGUAAUCGGAAUUGCGAAUCUUUAUGUUUCCGCUUUAUGGAUCAAUCACCGUUUUCUUUUCAGAAAGAUAGACUGUAGUUGGUAAGGUAUAAAUGGUGUCCAGUAAACUUAUAACUAACUAUUCACGUGAGAUUAUGGUAAGUUUUACCUUGGUUUUCUUAUAUUCUGUUCAUGUCGGUCUUAUUUCACUUAUUGUGUCACGUUGACAUUUCACAAACGACAUUACGUGUUUUUCAGAGGCCUUUUGUUUUGACUGCUGCUUUUUUUAUCUGAAGUGGCAAACAGGGGCAAGACAAGCAGCAAGCGUAGUCUCUAAGCUCACACAUUUAAUGGGCGUGGGAUUUCUGAAACUCUCAGAUAGGAACUGGCACUACUGUCGUUUGAAAGGUCUUUCAAUACGUCAUUAAGUAGGUUUUCAAGGGAGGCCAAUGUGCUUGCUUGCUGCAUUUCCGUUGUUAGUUUUUUCCAUUUCUGGGCAUCUAUAAUCAAGUAAAACUUGCGUAGUGUCUGUUUCACAUUGGUCUAUAGUCACUGUACCCGCAGUGUAUCUUACAUUAUAGUCAUUGUCACCCGAAAGUCGAGUACCAUUAGUAGAAGUGAAAACUAUGUGUUCUAAAAGCUUAUAAAAAAGUGCCAAGUUUAGUCGCAAGCGUUUUAGUUAUGGUGUUUCUAGCCCUAGAGUCUCACAUCUAAUGGGAUAGUUUGUGUCAUUUUUACUUCGAGUAUUUUCAGUGUGCAGUAUCUCUGCACUCCUACUUUCAGUUUGUCCUCUGUGUAUGUAUAACUAAAUAUAAAUGGAGUAGUAACCAAAAAGUAGGCGCACAGAAACCUUGUACAGAAGGAUUCUAGAUCCAUUUCUUUAGAAGUCCUUGGGUAGAAAGCCGAUGAGCAUGCAUCAUUUUUAUACUGGUUUGGAUAUACGUUUUGAAAAUGGUGAGUCAUGGGAAUAUUUCAGUCCUAGGUCUAGUACAGAUUUCAGUUUCUUAGGUUCAUAACCUUGAAUUACUCAAUCGAUUUGUAGGUGGGGACGUCCUAUGUGGAGCCACCCGCAUUUUCCACAUUAAACUCGAGUCUCCAGGUGUCACAUCACUUUUCCAUUUUUAUCGAUUCUUCCUGUGCAGAGUUUACAGUUGUUCCGAGAUCUGUAUUUUCGCAUAUAUAGGUCACUUCGAAGUCAUCCGUGAGCGGCUAGUUCAUGCUUCAAGGAAGACACAUAUAUUGGGAAGUGUAUAGAGAGUAGGAACCGAAUUAGUUAAUGGUAUGUCACCCCUUCCUUAUGAGAGGAGGAUGGGACACUUCCCAUUAUCAUGCUGUAGGAGAAGAGGUAAGUUAAUUUCAGCAUAUCGUUUGUUAUAGGGUGAUUUGGGUGUUGACCUUCUUAGCCUUCUGUCUAUUGUGUUAUCUUUGUGAAGUCAUCACAGAAAGUUGCCCUAACAGCAGCCGAACAAAAUACCACAACAAGGUGCUCAAACGGAGGUCGAAUAAAAUACGUGUGGGAUUUGGAUUCUCUCACGGAGUGGUUAAUGACUGAAACUGUACCCGACCAAGUAGUAUCAGCUCCAUCGGUGGACGCUUUCAAAGGGAAAUUAGACCUCUGUAGAAAUAUAUGUUGCAAGGAGUAAUACAGGUCACAAAAGGCUACUGUCAUUUAUUAUGUGAAUGUAGAUUGUUUGAACUACCUGACUGUCAACAUCAUUUUUGCCCUCUCCAUUUUCCUCAGUCUUUCUAAAGUUAAGACAAUGAUUAAUGUGAUUGUGAGGGUUAACAAAGUUAUCCUUAUAAUUUUAAUUGAUAAUCAAAUAUGAACCAAUCCAGAAAGUCAUAUUGCGAGCAGUUAUGAUAUAUUUCUGAAGACUCUGAAGGUGGAAUCUGUAUAUGGUGACACAUAUAACUUUUUGGAUGUUGUGUAAUGGUUUUGCCAAGUUUUUGAUAUCCUACUAGGUGUUCUUUAGAGUUUAGCUCCAUUUAUCGGUUUAGGCUAUUUUUAUCUUCCCUAUAACCAAUGUUUGUUUUGUUUAUGCCUUUGCUGCUGUUUACCAACGUGUUGCAGACGACGAAUAUGGUGGGUCUGGUGAAAUCGUAAAGGACAGUUUAAUGAUGGCUUUCUCAUCCUUCAUGGUAUCUGGGAUACUUACUUACAAUUAUGUCCAGGGAGUUAACAACGCAACUUGGUAAUCAAACAGUACGAAAAUCUGUAAUACAUGUCACGAUAUGUUUUGUACUAUAUCCAGAUUGAUUUACUUUAGAAUAUAUUGUAUUAAUACCAAAUUCGUGUUUUGAUUUAAAUAGUCGGAUAAAGUAUUUACUAGAUUUGUUUGUUUUAGGUAUGGUCUCUCAGCACAGUGUGUUGUAUUUUGUCAAGGAUAUCAGACGUGAAGUGACAGGAAGUGAUCUAUCAUAUGUCCAAGCUGGAGAUGGAUCUCUGUGUUUUUGUACAAUUCUGGAAUUAAAUCCGAAGUCUACUUCCUUGUCAUUAGAAUACUGUUCAUUAUGUUCACUUAAUAAUAUGGCACAGUGUAAUGUGAUUAUGUUAAACAACAACUCACACUUUCGUAUGCUUCUUGGUAAUGUCCCUGAUAUCACAGAGCAUGGACGUACUCAAACUUCCGGUCAACCUUCUUUAAGACAUAUAAUAGAAAACAUACUCCAAGGUUCCAUACGUGGGGAUGUGUACAAGAUUGAGAUUGGAUGUGAUACAGAACGUGAUGGACAUAAACAUCAUUCAGAUUUCACCCUGUCAUUACGUGUUGACUAUGUCCUUGCUCCACCAGCUUGUAUGAAAAAUACACAUGUCAAAACGAAAGAAUUGAGAACCGAUCCUAGAGAAAAUUCUACGCUGGAUUGGAAUCCUGACUUACCUGUUCAUUGGUUAUAUCGAGCAUGGGAUAUGAAAGAACGAGGUUCAUGGUUGAUAAAUCAUCAUUUAAAAACAGCAACAUCGAAUUGUGAAAGGUCAAAUGAUAAGAGUGAAUUAUGUAAAUACAUUUGGCAAUCAGCGUUCACAUGUUAUUCAAGAGCUUUACAGCUUGUUUCACUAUGUCACUGGGCUGAACAAACUUGUCGUACAGACGAAUCUUCAUCAUCGGUAUCUGAUAAUGACAAGUCUAGUUGUUCGAAGUAUGAAAACAGACGAGAUAGUAAGGAUAGUAUUCAAGUUUUAUCAGGUGAAAAGUCAAUUACUAUCAUUCCUACUAAUACUGCUGGUGACAAUUUGAACAGUUCAGAAUAUAUUGAUUGUGAUCAUUUUGGUAGUAUUGGUUACAAAACUUCGUAUUCUUUGGAUUGUCAACCUGUACGCUUGGAGUUUAUAUUAUUAUCAAAUAUUGCUCUGUGCCAAUUGAAGGUUGGAUCAAAUGAAUAUUGUGCACAAAAUUGUUCACAAGCUUUAUAUUUACUUGCACGAGAGAAUAAGUCUAUUCCAUAUUCUGAUGACUAUAAUGAUUUGUGUAAAGCAGAAUUAUUUUCUUUUGAGAAAAUUAAAUUUUACUGGGAGAAUUUUCAAAUUACCUGUCGUGAUGUGUAUAAGGUGUUAUUUCGUCGAGCUCAAGCUAAUUAUAAUUUAGGCAAAAUGGAUGAAGCCAAGUUAGACCUACAAAUGUGUAUACAAUUAGACAAGGAUCAAUUGAUGGUAUUAGAAGGGAAAGCUGAGAAAAACGAGGAAAUAAAAGCAAUGAAGUCGACAGCAUCAGAGGAACAAGGGAAUAUUGCUAAUUGUAAACAGAUUAAGGCAGCUUUACAGGCUAGUGAAAGUUUGUUAGCAAAAGUAUGCGAACAUAUAUUACGUGAUCAGGAACAAUUAGUUUCUCGUUUGAGAAAGCGAACUUCUAUGAACUGAUAACACAAUAUUAUACUUCUGUUAUAAUAAUGAUAACAUUAAUGAUAUAUUCUUAUGUAUACAUUAAAAUCAAUUUUCACUGUGAACAAUAAAAGUAUUUUAUGAUG